UUGCCACAUUCCACUCCAAAUGCAUCAGACAUUUGACUCUGAAGUGCCAAGUGGCAUCGCGUUACUUCGUUAGUGCCUUCUUCCAAGUUUGUGCUAAUUAAUAGUAAAACUAAGGCAAGAAUGGAAACACCACAGAAUUCAUUGUCAGUUACAUAUUAAACAACAACGACAUGAGAAGUAUGUGGAUUCUUGCUUUGCUGACUUUAUGCCUGAAUGUGUCAUUACUUCCUCAACAAAUAGAGGGAGUUCGGUCCAAGCGCUUUUUAAUCUUUCCACGACAAGCACCCACAAGACAUCAGUUCAUUGCUGGCAUUGGAAUUCCCGCUGAUUUGACCUAUGAAUCUCUAACGGUGGGUCAUGUCCUUAAAGCCAUGUUCUACUUGCCCUACAAUGCAACAGUUUAUCGAGAAAAUCCUUAUCUACCUGAGUACAGACGAAAUUCAACAUUAAACAAUAACACAGAUGAGCGCAAAUUCUAUGAAAAGCCAUCAAAUAUUCGAUGGCAGAUAUACGAGUACAUAGAGCACAUCUUGAACGGUUAUGGUUGCAAUGGACACCAAUGCCUCCUAAAGGCAAUUUGUGAAGCGAAUUCAGUUAAGUUUUCCAAGGAUUUCAGUGUUGUGGCAGAGUUAAUGCAUUUGUUGCUAAGCCCUUCUUCUACCUUAAACGACAACGAAGAUGAAUCAAAAUCCCGAGUUUAUAUAGCCGCCGAAGAAGCUGCAGCAGAUGCUAAAGGUGCUGACUGUGAAAUGUUUGAUUGCAAGAUUAGUCUAUUAGAUUGGAUUUCUCGGGUGAUGCAGCUUGAGUAUUGAAAGCACAUUGAAAUAUUGUAACAAAUAAACAUUUAUUUUCCUUUUUUACCAUUAAA